AUGAAGGAAUGGGUGGAGUACUUUAAGGGACUGUUGGGAGGAGUAGAAAAGAGAGUAGUGGGAAGGACAAGAAGAGAAAAGAGAGAGGACGAAGGAAACAAAAAGGAGCUGUCAAAGAAGGAGAUAGAAAAGGCGAUAGGAAGGGCAAGAGAGGGGAAGGCAGCAGGGGGGGACGAGAUACCGGGCGAGGUGUGGAAGUAUGAAGAGGAAAGACUAGAGGAAGCUAUAUGGAAGAUAUGCGAUAGAGUAUGGAAGUGUGAGGAGUGGAUCGAAGACUGGAGUGAGGGUAUGAUAGUCCCGAUAAGGAAGAAGGGAGAGGGGAAAAAAGUGGAGGACUAUAGGGGAGUAACGCUGAUGCCGUCAUUAUAUAAGAUCUACGCAACGAUAGUAGCAGAUAGGGUGGAGGAGGAGAUUGAAGAGAGAAAUAAAGUGCCACAGAAUCAAACGGGGUUUAGAAAAGGAAUGGGAACAAUGGCUAAUAUAUAUGUGCUAAACUAUUUGGUGAACAGGCAGCUAAGCAAGGAGAGAGGUAAAUUAGUGGCCUUCUUUAUUGACUUGAAAGCCGCGUUUGAUUCUGUGGACAGAGAGGUGUUGGGAAGGACAAUGAGGGAGAGGGGAAUUAGCGAGGAGAUGGAGGUGUGA